CGUCCAUCCAAUCCAUCCAUUAUACUUUUCCUUCUUUGCUUUAAUAAUGGAAUAGUAAAAUCUACGUAUGUAUCUCUCGAGUUAUUAUUCCGUAAAGAUUCAUAGACUUUUUUAAAGGGAAAUUCCAAAAUCACCAGGAGCAGUAGAAAAUUCCUACUAGAUACGUCAGGGUUUAGUUAGUUUAUUUGUGUUAUUAGUCAGUGAGUGAGUGUGUCCCUUACUUACUUGCACAACCAACCAACUUCCUGCUUCCUGCUAUUUUGGUUGGGUUUAAAAAUUGUUGAAUGAAACCGGAACUUUACUGGAGCUUGUCUGGUCUGGUGGGACGACCCUUUCUCGAACAAAUAGUGAUCAUCAUACGUAUCUCAUCUGCUGCUGAUAAAUUUAUGAUACAAGAGGAAUUUGACUGACUACACUGACUUGUGAUGUAAAAAAGUGCACGGUUAAUAAAUAGUUAACUAACUUUGAUGACUGAUGAGUCACAAUAAUAUCUUCGUCGGACAUAAAACUGUGUCUAGUUUUUUCUUGUGCGUUGUUAUGUGAUCAUCUAGCUCUUGAUAUUGUUUAAGUACUCAACCAAUUGUGUAGUGGAUUUUGUUUAAUUGACGUAAAAAAGUGAUCGUGUAAACGACCGGCGAUUUGAAAAGGGAGGAACGUCCUUAAGUCACUUGUCACUUUUCACUAAAGAGAAGAAAAGAUGAUAUAAUUUUGAGUCGUCAUUUUGAGUUGUCAAGCAGUUAAUCAAAAAGAAACUGGUGGGAAUGAUAUUGCCCUUCGAUAAGAACAAGAAAGAACCAACAACAUGUCGCUACAAUUACCAAGAUUUCAGUCGAAAAAGAACAGUUUGGAAUUGGAGAGGGAGCACUUUGAGAAAGGACAGGCAACUUCGCUCUCCAAAGCCAUCAAUACUCAGGAGACGGCCGUAAAGGAGAAACAUGUUCGAAGUGCCAUCAUCGGAACGUAUCAGGAACGCGGUGCCUCCACAUUUUGGGAAUGCGUUCAUCGCCUUCCCACCAAAGAACAUGCCGUUCUUUGCUGGAAGUUUUGCUUCGUUCUUCACAAGGUGUUGCGAGAAGGACAUGAGAAUGUUAUUCGAGACUCGCAACGGUACAAACCAAUGUUGCGAGAGUUGGGCAAGUUUUGGGGUCUCUUGAAAUCCGGAUUUGGAGGUUUGAUUAAGGACUACUGUGCCCUUCUCGAGAUAAAAUUGACCUUUCACCUGAGAAAUCAAAGAAUUCCGGGGAAUCUGGAUAUGGACUAUGCGGACCUGGUUAAUUCCGUGGGGGACAAUGAAGACGCAUUUUUCCAACUCUCUGUGGAAAUGCUGGACUAUUUGGAUGCUAUUUUGGAGCUACAGGCUGACAUCUUUAAAACGAUGGACCAGUCUCGCUGCAACUCCAUGACGCCUGCAGGUCAAUGUCGGCUCACACCGUUAAUCCCGUGUAUUCAAGAUUCCAUGAUUUUGUACGACUAUACAACAAAAAUCUUGUUUCAUCUUCAUUCGAAACUUUCUCCAGACCUGUUGGAAGGACAUAGGCAACGAUUCCUCAAAGUUUUCCGAGAACUUUCCCAACUUUAUGAGAAAACUAUGAGUCUGCAAUACUUUAAAAAUCUUAUUGCUAUUCAACUUCUCCCCAAAAACCCACCAAACUUUCUUAUCCAAUCAGACAUUGAAAAUUACGAAACGAGGAAAGUCACCGUAUACAAUUCCGGUGAUUUGAUCGAUGUUGAUAAUGACGAGACUAACAAAACGAACGAAUCCCGAUCAAGCUCUCCUGAUUUGCAGCUAAUACAGAUGGAAAGGGAGCGAGACAAGCGGAUAAGAGAACUUGAAGAUGAAGUGAAACGCUUGAACGAGUACAUUGUCCAAUUGAGAGAACAGGCUGGGCGACGCAUCCGUGAAUUACAGGCAGAAAUUAGCCUAUUGACUGACCAGUUGACAGAUAAAAAUUCUGAAAUUGGGGCGAAAGAUAGAAAAAUUGCCGAGCUGCUCUCACAUGAAUGCAAAAUCCCCAAUGAUAUUGCUGAACGGAUGGAUGUUGCUGAAAAAAAAAAUGUUGGGCUAGAGGAAAAGUUCAGCAAGAUGAAAAACAUGUACACAAAUUUGCGAGAGCAGCAUGUCGAUUUACUACGGAAGAAAGGAGCAUCGGACAAGGAAAUUGGAGAGCUGCGAAAAGUUGUGGAUGGACAGAGCGAAAUGAGUUCUUUGGUCGAGAGCCUGCGAAAAGAGAAGGAAGAAGUGGAAUCUAAUCUGUUUAACAAAUUGUCCAAAAAGGAUACGCAAGUAGAAGAAUUGGACAGUAUCGUGGUGGAGUUAAAAUCUCAAAUCGAGUCGAUAGAAAGUGCCAAGAAAAAGAUAGAGUCUGAUUUGGAGACUGAGCUGACAAAGGCAAAAAAUGAAAUUGAAAUGUUACUCGGUGGUAGUUCGUCGCUCGAGAAAUUAAACAAGUCUCUCGUCGACCAAUUGGACACCUUAUCCAAGAAGUGUGACGUCCUUGGUGACGAAUUGGCAUUGACUGCCAGUUCUAGAGACAACUUAUCCAAAAAGUGUGAUGAUGUUGCAGACGAAUUAGCACUGACGGCAGGUGACAGGGAUAAUUUGUCCAAGAAGUGCGACGACCUUGUUAAUGAAUUAGCACUGGCUACCGGGGCCAGAGAUAACUUAUCCAAAAAGUGUGACGACGUCGCCGACGGAUUAGCACGAGCAGCAGGUGACAGAGACAACUUAUCCAAAAAGUGCGACGACCUUGCGAACGAAUUAGCACUAGCUGCCGGGGCCAGGGAUAACUUUCAAAGUCAAAUCAACGAUCUACAACGGCAAAUCCAGGACAAUCAGAAAAAUAUGGAAAACGAGUCAAUCCAGCGAUACAACGAGCUUCUAAACGUCUGCAUUCAGGAAUGUGAAGGAAUCAUGCGUAAAACAAUUGAAGACUUGGAAAAUCCUCUCCUCACCGGAGGAACGGGAGCGUUGGACCAUUUCAUCAUAAAUUGUCGGGGAACUGGUCAAAUUAUCGGGUUGAUGGAGGCGGCAACUAAAAGUGGCUACUCGGCAUUCCCAUCCUUACGCGAAAUCCUGGAACGUGUCCCUCCCUUCACACACCACAUGGUUAAUCUCAUUCUGCAUGGAAGUGCGACUUCUCAAACCUCGGCAGAUAUUCAAAAGGGAGACGAAAUGUUGGGAGACUGUAGAAAUCUAGGAUCGUCCAUACUUUCCCUGUUGGGCGCAAUUAGAACGAGACUGAGCGGAAAACAGUUGGCCGACCCCUACAACGAGAUCAGAGACAAGCUUCAAAAACUAUUAUCUACCGCAUCCAGUCUUGGAAGCUCCCUGACACCCGAAGCCGACGCGGCUGAAGCUCUGGAAAAUGAGCUUCUUGCCAUGGAACGUGCUAUUGAAGAGGCGUCCAAGAAGAUGGAAGAAAUGUUAAAAAAUUCAAGAGAAUCGCACACCGGAGUCAAACUCGAAGUGAAUGAAAAGUUGAUUGAUUCUUGUACCACGUUGAUGAAUGCCAUCCGACUUUUAGUCCAACGAGCGAAAUUCUUACAGUCUGAAAUUGUAUCGCAGGGGAAGGGAUCGACAUCGGUGAAAGAAUUUUAUAAACGGAACCAUCAAUGGACCGAAGGUCUUAUUUCUGCUGCAAAAGCGGUUGGUGGUGGUGCUAAGUUUUUACUAGAGAGCGCAGACAAAGCCGUGACUAAUCCCACAGCAGGAUUUGAACUGUUGAUCGCCUCUUCUCAAGAUAUUGCAGCUAGUACAAUUCAAUUAGUUGUGGCUAGUCAAGUCCGGGCGGAUCGAAGUUCUCAAAACUUGUCUCUAUUAAAGCAAGCGUCAACCGGUGUCAAAACGGCGACUGCUGGUGUAGUUGCAACUGCAAAGGAUUGUGCUCAGUUAAUUGAAGAAUCAGACGAAGUUGAUCUAGCCAAACUGUCUACUCAUAACGCGAAACGACUGGAGCUAGAAACACAAGCGGAAGUGCUCAGACUUCAAACCGAGUUGGAGAAAUCCCGCAUGAAACUAUCCGCCUUAAGGCAACACCACUACCACAAUUCAGACUAAUCACGUAUUUGUAUUGUACACAUUCGCCAAGAAAUCAGUCCACACCAUCGUCAACGUUCCGAAUGCACGCCUUCUCAUUUGUAUCUGUAUUUAUUAGUAAUUUAUAUGCUACGCGACUACUGCUAUUACUGUUACAAAUAGUAUUGCUCUAUAUAUAUUAGAUCAUUAGCUUAUGUACACGAGCCCCCCACCCACCCACCGACUGGUAGUAUCAAUCAUUAGCCUGUCGUCGAGUCGAAUCGACCAUAAAAACUUUUCUGCACAUUUACUCUGAUUCCUUACUCUUCUGCCGGCGCGACGAGAUCGAGUGGUUCAAUAGUUUUCUAAUUUUAAUUACUAUGUUGCUUAUCAUGAUUUCGUGUCAUUUAUGUCAUUUAUGUUUAUGAAACAAAAAUCUAUCCGAGUCACAAGUAACAAGAACAUUAUUAAUUGUGCUUUGAUGUAUUGAUCAAACCCGAUUUAACAAUUUAAGAACAUAAUAUAUUUAUAAAAUGUGGGACACAUUUUCAAAUAAGUUAACCCUUAAGUUAACCUAAUUACCUAAUUGUAAUACUUACUUUACAAUAUAAUUAUUACUGUGUUGCUUUUCUGUUUAGCCAUCGCUUAAUUUUUUAUUACCAAACUCUUGUAAUGUAUAACUUUUGAAACGUAUUGAUAAUCUUUUACACUUGAACUUUACUACGUGACUCUGCUCCUCCUCUUCCUAUUACUAUUUACGUCAUGUUAACCAAAGAGUGCAAAAUAAUGUGUACAAGAAAUAACGAAACGAAACAAUCCUUACUUUGAGUUUAAAAAAACAAGUAUUAUUAUUCGAUGUGACGGUGUGAGUUGAACAAUUAAUACCGACAAGAAGAAGAAUAUUAAUGAUGAUGAUGAUGUAAGAAGAGUAAUAAUAUUUAUUACCUAAAUCUAUAAAGUCUAUUACCUAUUUACCUAAUAAGUUAUAGGAGCCCACAAUUUUAUAAAAUGCUAUAAUUGUAUACUUCUUACUACUUGAUCAGUUCUUUGUUCCUUUCUAUUUAUAAUACUGUUGAUUCUGUAUCAUUAAAAUAUGUAAUAGCAAGGAGUGAACUAAUAAAGCCUGAAGCCAGCCACAUAAAUACAUAAA